AUGCUAAGGCGGAAGAUGGCCGCUCGUGGCUAUGAAAACCGACUCGAAGAAGCGCGGAGAAACCUACCAGAGGUGCCUGAUCAAAGCAUUCCGAUAAUUCCAAUCCUCACACCUGCAGACUCGGAAUGGACCUAUAUAUCACCCUCUUGCCACUAUGCAGGGACUGGUCCUGUGGCAGAACCCGUUCCAAAUAAUGUAUCGCCUCCUUCUAAUAGCUCUGUUGGUAACUCGGAUAUAUCCACAAACGCUAGGCUCAAAGACGCGAGGCACAAGCUCAAACAUGAUAUCCUCAGACAAAUAGGACAAUCACUGAAAGACUCUGAUCAGACACAGGUGAUAAAACUAAGACUGAGGUUCGACCAGAUACAAGUUGGGAUGGCAGAAACAGAUGCUCGAAUAGAAAGGACGAUAAAUCAAAAUUUGCGAGCUGAACAAGCAAAAUUAGAAGAGGAAUUGAGAAAAGCGAGAGCCGAUUUAGCAGUAAUAGACGCAAAUUUGGCCUCCGACGAGAUGGUCGACGACGAAAUGGGCGAGGACGAAAUGGGCGAGGACGAAAUGGGUGAGGACGAAAUGGGCGAGAAUAGAAUGAAUGAGAACGAUGUAUCGGGAGAGAAUGAGAGGGAAGAGAAUGAGAGGGAAGAGAAUGAGGAGGAAGAGGACGAACCGGAGGAGGAACUGGAUGAUCACAAAAUUGAUGAGUACAAAAAGGAAGAGAGUGAAACAUUGGAGGAAAUGGAAGACAAAAAAAUGGAUGACUAUGAAAUGGAGGAUCACAAAACGAACCAGCAUGAAAUGGACAAGGAUCAAAAGAGGGAAAAAUACUAUGAUGAGAAAGAAAUUCUUAAUAGUUCGUUUAGGCAAGCCAUUCGGAAAGAAUUGGACGACGAACUCGAGAAAGCAUUUAGGAAGAACAAAAACCUCGACUUGCAGAAAAAGACGGACGGGCAUUCAUCCAAAAAGCGCAAAUUCGAGCAUCAAGAAGAACAAUCAGAUAGACCAAACCCUGGUCCAUCUUCCCCAGAUGUGGAAUCCGGUGGCCCAGAAAUAGCGUGGAUAGAUACGGUACCGUUACUGAGAGAGCUAAACACACAUCUGGCAGGGUAUAAAAUAGGUAGUUCAGCAGAGGAGAUAAUGGACAUUCGAUCCUGGAUUGACAAGGGAUUCGAUACUGGAAUGAGAAGACUACUGAGAAACCAGCCUAUUGCUGAUAUACUAGGUUCAUGGGACAAUCGAUACGAAGAGGAGGGACUGAAUAAUAUUCUUAGGUCGGUUGUACUAGUAUACGAUUCGAUUGAAGAGUUACACACGCUUCGUGCGCACUAUGAUCGAAUUCUCGGUGAAGCGGUGCUCUCAUCAUAUUCUAGAGCGAAAGUCCGAGACUCAGGGAGGAACGAUUGA